UUGCUCAAUAUGAUUUUAAGUGGCUGAUCAGUGGGAUUUGCUGCCAUUAAAUAUAUAUCCUCUGUCCCAGACGAAACCUAAUAUUUAUGUGAAGGACGCAAGAUAAUUUUAUAAAUAUGACCGCGUGGUGUACCUAUGGACCUAACUAGUAUUUAGACAUCUGAUGUUAAAGAUUUGUGUUGUUGUAGAUUAAAUGACAGAGAAAAGAAAAAGGGACAUAAUAUCCUUUGUCAGUACACCAAAACGCCAAGUAAGUACAAUAAGUCCUCAUAUCAAGACAAUUUGGUAAGAUUUUUAUAAGAAUGGGUGCUUAAGGAAAUACUAACGUCACUAUGUCACAGGCAAAGGACACAGAAAGAACUGAAGAACAGGGAGACCAGGGACAGCCAGGUGUAGAGUGUCAGGGACGAAAGAUGGAGACACCUAAAAAAGUCAUCUUGGGAAUUUUAGAAGACUUGGGAGCUGAGGACUUUGGGAAAUUUAAGUGGCACCUGCAGGGAGCCCUAAAAGACUUCCCAGCAAUCCCAAAGAGUAAACUGGAGAGUGAAAACAGGGAGAACACAGUGGAUGUGAUGUUCCAGACCUACUGUAUAAACACUAUUAAUGUGACCAGAAUAGUUUUAGUGAAUAUCAAUCAAAAUGACCUAGUGAAGAAGUUAUCAUGUCAUGGAGAAUUCAACAACUCAGAACCUGCAGAGAUUCUUGCUUUGUGCCAACGCAAAGUCAAAUCCAACUUACUUAAGACGUUACAACGUGUGUCUGAGGGAAUUGCAAAAGCAGGAAACAAAACCCGUCUGAAUCAGAUGUUCACAGAGAUCUACCUCACAGAGGGAGGGGUCACUGCUGAACAUGAGGUCAGACAGAUUGAAACAGCAUCCUGGAAACCAGACAGACCAGAAACAACCAUCACAUGUGAAGACAUAUUUAAAACCCCACCUGGAAGAGAUGAACCAAUCAGAACAGUGAUGACAAAGGGAGUGGCUGGCAUCGGGAAAACAGUCUUAACACAGAAGUUCACUCUUGACUGGGUUGAAGGCAAAGCCAACCGCAACAUCCAGUUCACAUUUCCAUUCACCUUCAGAGAGCUGAAUAUGUUGAAAGAGAGAAGGUACAGCUUGGUGGAACUUGUUCAUCACUUCUUUAGUGAAACCAAAGAAGCAGGAAUCUGCAGGUUUGAAGAGUUCCCGGUAGUGUUCAUCUUUGACGGUCUGGAUGAGUGUCGACUUCCUCUGGACUUCCACAACACUAAAAUCCUGACUGAUGUUACAGAGUCCACCUCAGUGGAUGUGCUGCUGACAAACCUCAUUAGGGGAAAUCUGCUUCCCUCUGCUCGCCUCUGGAUAACCACACGACCUGCAGCAGCCAAUCAGAUCCCUCCUGGGUUCGUUGACAUGGUGACAGAGGUCAGAGGGUUCACUGACCCACAGAAGGAGGAGUACUUCAGGAAGAGAUUCAGAGAUGAGGAACAGGUCAGCGGAAUCAUCUCCCACAUCAAGACAUCACGAAGCCUCCACAUCAUGUGCCACAUCCCAGUCUUCUGCUGGAUCACUGCUAAAGUUCUAAAGAAGGUGUUGAAGAAAAGAGAGGGCGCAGAGCUGCCCAAGACCCUGACUGAAAUGUACAUCCACUUCCUGGUGGUUCAGUCCAAACAGAAGAACGUCAAGUAUGAUGGAGGAGCUGAGACAGAUUCACACUGGAGUCCAGACACCAGGAAGAUGAUUGAGUCUCUGGGAAAACUGGCUUUUGAGCAGCUGCAGAAAGGACACCUCAUCUUCUAUGAAUCAGACCUGACAGAGUGUGGCAUCGAUAUCAGAGCAGCCUCAAUGUACUCAGGAGUGUUCAUGCAGAUCUUUAAAGAGGAGAGUGAACUGUACCAGGACAAGGUGUUCAGCUUUGUCCAUCUGAGUGUUCAGGAGUUUCUGGCUGCUCUUUAUGUCCAUCUGAAAUUCACCAACUCUGGAGUCAACCUGCUGUCAAGCUCCUGGUGGCCUGGAUUUUUCAGGGACAAAUCAGCACGGUUCUACCAGAAUGCUGUGGACAAGGCCUUACAGAGCACGAAUGGACACCUUGACUUGUUUCUCCGCUUCCUCAUGGGUCUUUCUCUAGAGUCCAAUCAGAAUCUUCUACGAGGCCUGCUGACACAGACAGGAAGUAGCUCACAGACCAAUCAUGAAACAGUUGAGUACAUCAAGAAGAAGAUCAAUGGGGCUCUGUCUGCAGAGAGAAGCAUCAAUCUGUUCCACUGUCUGAAUGAACUGAAUGAUCGUCAUCUAGUUAAUGAGAUUCAACGGUCCCUGAGUUUAGGAAGUCUCUCCACGGAUAAACUGUCUCCUGCUCAGUGGUCAGCUCUGGUCUUCAUCUUACUGUCAUCAGAAGAAGAUCUGGAUGUGUUUGACCUGAAGAAAUACUCUGCUUCAGAGGAGGCUCUUCUGAGGCUGCUGCCAGUGGUCAAAGCCUCCAAAAAAGCUGUGCUGAGUGGCUGUAACCUGUCAGAGAGAAGCUGUGAAGCUCUGUCCUCAGUUCUCAGCUCCGAGUCCUCUAGUCUGAGAGAGCUGGACCUCAGUAACAACGACCUGCAGGAUUCAGGAGGGAAGCUGCUGUCGGCUGGACUCCAGAGUCCACACUGUGAACUGGAGACUCUCAGUCUGUCAGGCUGUCUGAUUUCAGAGGAAGGCUGUUCAUCUCUCAUCUCAGCUCUUAGGUCCAACCCCUCCCAUCUGAGAGUGCUGGACCUGAGCUACAAUCAUCCAGGAGACUCAGGAGUGAAGCUGCUGUCGGCUGGACUUAAGGAUCCACUCUGGAGACUGGACACUCUUAGGGUGGAGCCUGCUGGAGUCAGAUGGUUGAGACCAGGUCUGAGGAAGUAUUCUUGUGAACUCACACUCGACACAAACACAGCAAACAGAUACCUCAAACUGUCUGACAACAACAGGAAGGUGACAUGGGUGAAGCAGCAGCAGCCAUAUCCUGAUCAUCCAGAGAGGUUUAACUCCUCGUAUCCUCAGCUGCUGUGUAGAGAUGGUCUGACUGGUCGCUGUUACUGGGAGGUUGAGAGGAGAGGAGUUGUUGAUAUAUCAGUGAGUUACAGAGGAAUCGGCAAGAGAGGAAACAGAGAUGACUGUUUGUUUGGACGUAAUGAUCAGUCCUGGAGUCUGAGCUGCUCUGACCGUGGUUACUCUGUCUGGCACAAUAACAGAGAAACAGACCUCCCUCUCUCCUCCUCCUCUGUUUCUGAUACAAUAGCAGUGUAUGUGGACUGUCCUGCUGGCUCUCUGUCCUUCUACACAGUCUCCUCUAACUCACUGAUCCACAUCUACACGUUCAACACCACAUUCACUCAACCUCUCUAUCCUGGGUUUGGGUUUAGGUUCUGGUCAGAGGGUUCCUCAGUGUCUCUGUGUCCUGUGGAGGACGGAGAGUCUCCUCCUGUGAAGAGAACCAGACAGUUCAGCCUGAUCAGGAUCAUCAGCUGAUGUUAGUGAGGAGAAUGUGGGUUUUUGUUUGUUUGUAUGAUUUAUUUGGCUCCCAUUAGCUUCAGCAUAAACUAAAAGCUAUUCUUCCUGGGGUCCUACAAUCUAUUUUGUGACAACACCAUUUACUUCAUCCCUUUACACACCAUACACACAAAGACCUUACUUCACAUUACACAACAUUUGAAAAUACAAAUCAUACUUUACAGUUAACGCAAUUAAUCACACACAAAAAAAUAGAUAAAUAAAUUACACUACUCCGAAUAGAUCUAUUUAAAAAAAUAAGAUAUAACGAAAAGCCCUAUAUCAGAAUCUCUCUAAGUUGAUAUUAAAUAUUGAAACAUCUUUGAAGGUAAAAUUUCUUAAGUGAUUUUUUAAAACCAUACUGAGUGUUUUGUUGUUUGAUAGUUUUUGGGAGAGAGUUCCAUUCACACAUUGCUCUGAACCUAACUGAACGUUGAAUUGAUUUGGUUUUCACUUUAGGUAAAAUAAAACUACCUCCUACUGCAUGCCUUGUUGGAUAAUGAUGUGUAUCCAUACUUAAAGAUAGUUUUGUAUAUAAAGUAAAAGGUGUUUUGUUUGUUGUAACAUUAUGUAAAAAAAUCAUUAGUGAAUACACAAAUCUAUUUUUAACUUUAAACCAUGAGGCUUUCAUGCAUUUUAUCAACAUUUGAUCUAAACCCACAUGAGAGAACCACAUGUGCCACUUUAUUCUGAAUCACUUGGAGUGUUUUUAUAUUAAUUAUUGAAGUGCUGGACCAAACCACAAGGCAGUAAUCAAGGUUUGAAUAAAACAAAGCAUGAAGUACUGUUUAACGGUCUGUGGUAUAAAGUUUUGUGCACACCUUUUAAUAAAUUGCCCAUUUUAGUUACCAGUUUCUGAACAUGUCUGUCCUAACACUAUGGUUAAUGUGAUUGUCUCAUUGAUUUUAUUUUGAGUUGAUAUCUGGCUGCCCAAUUGUCCUUUGUGCCAGUAUUGUUCAAUGUAGAAAAAUGAGUUCCAACCGCUGAACAGGUAGUUUUAGAUACACUGAGAAUCCAUUUGUUGCUCCUUAUCCAGUCUACCACUGGCUGUAGCUCUCUCUGUAGUUUUGUAUUUAAAUCAACAAUAUCAGUUCUGCCUAAAUAUAUAGUGGAAUUAUCAGCAAACAUUGAAAUGCUUGCUUUAUCUAAAACAGAUGGAAGAUCAUUGGUAAAGAUUGUGUAGAGGAGCGGUCCAAGACAACAUCCCUUUGAAAAGCUUCCAUUAAAGUAAACUAAUUGUCUUCUGUCUGUCAAAUAACUUUUCAUCCAUAAUAAUGUAGUUCGUGAAAAAACAUAAUAUUCCAGUUUUUUAAACAGUGAUACAGUGAAAAGUGGUGGUCAAUUAUAUCAGAUCCUGCAGUGAAAUCAAGCAUUACAACACCUAUUAUUUUCCUCUCCUCCAUAUUCUUGAACCAGUCAUCAACCAUCUGAGUCAAGGCAGUGGCUGUUGAGUGUUUUCCUCUACAUGC